AUGUUCAGUCCCGGCGCCAGCGUGGCCCUGCGGGUGUGUGCCGUGGGCCUGCGCCCCGAGGUGCCCGUUGUGCGGCUGUGGGGGCGCCUGGGUGAGCGCAGCUCGGAGUACGUCCAACUCCGCCGUGAGAUCCAGGCGGCGGCGGGGCCGCGGCUGGCACCUGCCCCGGGUCCCGGUGGGCCGGUGGCUGGUGGGGAUGAGCUGUGCCCUGGGGACGUGGGCCUGGUGGAGGUGCUCGGGCUCUGGUACCGCUGCUGUGUGGUGAGUCGCCGUGGCCAGGACUACCGUGUGUUCCUGCUCGAUGAGGGCUGCACCGUGGUCACGUCUGCCUGCUACCUGGCGCGGGGCAGCAACAAGCUUUUCCGCCUGCCCCCAGAGGUGCUAGGCUGUGUGGUGGCUGAUGUCAUGCCUGCUGGAGGCCCCGGGAAGGCAGCCUGUGGGGACAUCUCGCCCCCCACAUGGACGGUGGAGUCUAUGGAGUUCCUCAGCUACCUGCAUGGCAAGGAGGUGCUUGGCCUGGUGCAGAAGGUGGUGACGCCGCAGCUCAUAGUGCUUGAGCUGCCUCAGCUGGUAAACCAGAUGUGUCACCUAGGCCUGGCCAGGGAGGUCGCCCCCAGUUUGUUCUGCCAGGUGCUCAAGCGCUGCCUAACUCACGGCCACUUCAGGAACCAGCUCAAGUUGCAGCCUCCAGCGUGUUCCCCUGUAGCUUCCGCGGUGACACAGGCUGAUUACUUCUACCCGCAGCUUCAGUUGGGCGUGACAGAGCCUGUCAUAGUGACCCAUGUCUCUGACCCACACCAUAUCUACUGCCAGCUGCAGAGCCUGUCGCAGGAGAUCCUUCGCCUCUCUGAUAUAAUGUGCCAUGCUUAUGACUGGUGGGAGCAGGAUUUAUUACCCAAAGUGGGCUCACCCUGUGCUGCCCGUGGCAUAGAUGGCCAGUGGUACCGUGCACUUCUGCUGGAGCUUAUUGGUGGGGAGCAGGACCAGCAAGUGGCUCUAGUGAUCUUUGUGGACUAUGGCAGGAAGGAGACUGUGACCAGAGCUAACCUGCGCCAUUUGCCUGUGGAGUGUUUCCGUAUGCCUGUGGUGACUUACCCAUGUGCUCUUCAAGGUAUCUUAGACGGUGGCUGCGGCUGGUCCCCAUCACAGAUCAAUGAGCUGAAAGCGUUGGUGCUAGGCAAAGGAGUGAGUGCUCACAUCAAAGCCUUUAACUCCUAUGAGCAUCUCUAUUAUGUGAACCUGUAUGGGAAAGAUGGUGUCAACUUGAACCAUCUUUUUGGGGUGCAGACUUGCUGCCUGGUGAGCAGCCAUAUGCAGGUCAGCCAAACUGAAACUCAGAAGCAGUUGGAAGUAGAAGAAUCCACAGCUAAAGAACUGGAGUUCCCCCCAGGUGCACUUUCUGUUGCUUUAACACACGGAGAUUUGGCCUCUGCUUCUGGAUUUCCUGUGCAUCAGGAGUUGGGUGUGUUCCAUGAUGUGUGGGUUUCCCACCUCCGAGACCCAUCUGAGUUCUGGCUGCAGCUCCAUGAGCAUCGCCAGCUCCUCAAGCAGCUGAGGCAGAGCUUGUGGAAUUUUUACUCCCAUGCUCCAAAACUGGAUGGUGCUAGCUGGGACCUACAGCCUGGAUCCCUUUGUGUCAGUAGAAAAGCGGAUAUCUUUUGUCGAGCAGUGAUCACCAGGGUACUGGACAAUGAGGUAGAAAUACAUCUGAUGGACACAGGCAAUACAGACACUGUAGAUCAGUAUGCAGUAAGGGAGCUGGUCCCUCAGUUCAGGCAACUACCUGCUUUAGCUCUGAAGUCUUGUUUGGUAGGUGUGUCUCCUAUCAGAGGGAGUUGGAAUGAGGUAUCUGUGUCUGCAUUCAGGGAGAUUGUACUGAACAAGGGACUAAAGGUUCAUUUUUUGGCUGCACAGGGUGACAAAUACAUGGUUGACAUUUUUGACCCAUCUCAAUUAGGAGAGAAAAGUGUAAGUAAACUCAUGGCUCAGAGAGGGUAUGCUGAAUACCAGAGGUGUGAAGUACUUGAGACUCUGCAGAAAUCAUCUGAUAAGGCUGUGAGCCAGGCCUUUUCCCCAGCACAUGCUGGGAAGGAAAACCAAGUAAAUGCGGAGAAGAGGCUCAGAGAAGAAUCUGAUCUAAAGAGAAGUGAUAGAGCACUUAAUCCUUGCACAGCUGUCAUGGUCAGAGAGCGCCCUGUUGCAGCCAUUCACAAUUCUAAAAGGAGUGAAACUCUUCCUGCUCAGAAGUAUGAGGGCAAGGAAAACCUGCCCAUCCCGUGGAGACAGAGUUCUGUGGAAACGAUGCCAAGUUCCUCUUAUGGAGGUCAGUUAGAAGUGGGAAGUACAGUUAAUGUAGUUGUGUCAUAUGUUGAAAAUCCUGGUUAUUUUUGGUGUCAGUUAAGUAGAAAUUGCCGUGACCUUAAGAUAUUAAUGACUGAAAUUCAGGAGUAUUGUAAAAACUCAUCCAAUCCAUAUGCUUGGCCAGAUUCUGUAUGUUUAGCUCAGUACUCAGAGGAUGAGAAAUGGUACAGGGCUCUAAUUACGAGUGAAAUUCCCUCUGCAGAAAAAGUAGAAGUUCUCUAUGUUGACUAUGGCAACAGAGAGCAGGUCUCUCUAACAAACCUCCGCUCAACUAACAAAUGCUUUCUUCAGUUAGAGGCUCAGGCUUUCAGGUGCAGCCUUUACAACUUAAUCCAACCAAAUGGUCAGGAUCCUUUUGCUUGGGACGAAGCAGCAAUUAGGGCUUUUCAGGAGUUUGUCGAUGCUUCCUCAUCUCACUUUGAGCUGAAAUGUACAGUAUUUGCCUUGGCUUCGAUAAAACAUAAGGAGCUAUUCAACAUUGUAGAUUUAAUGACACCUUUUCAGAGUGCUUGCCAGUUUCUGACUGAGAGAGGUGUGGCCAGACCUUUGUCUCCUCAAAAGCCUCUGGUAUCCUCAGUUCAGCUUCAUUCUUACUAUUAUUCUAUGCAUGGUAUCAAAACUGGGAGCGAGGAAGAUGUUUUUAUUACGCAUGUUGAGGAUCCAUGGACAUUUUACUGCCAGCUUGAAAGAUGUGCUGAUGUCUUGUCACAGCUUAUGGAUAACAUUGAUCGUCUAAGUGAAAAAAUGACCAGCUUAAAAACCUUGCGGAAGUCUGGGAGCUUGUGUCUAGCAAGGUAUACUGACAAUCGCUGGUACAGGGGACUACUUACAAAAACAAAACCUAAUAUGGAAGUCUUCUUUGUGGAUUUUGGGAACACAGAGACAAUAGAGAAAGAUCAUCUGCUUCCUUUACCCAACGAUGCUUGUGAUAUCUUGCUUUUGCCAAUGCAGGCCAUAAGGUGUUCCUUAUCUGAUAUAUCUAAUGUUCCCAAAGAAGCUACAACAUGGUUUAAGCAAGCUAUCUUAGAAAGGCAAUUAAAGGCAAUAGUAGUAGCAAAGAAAUCUGAUGGUAAACUGUUGGUUGAGUUGUUUGAUGGUAGUACUCAAAUUAAUGCGAAACUGAAGGACUACACAGGACUUUGUAGGCAUGUAGAAGAUAAAACUUUGUGCUCUAGAAAUACGAAUGUGAAUGAGAGGAAUGAGGCUGCAGAGUCUCCUUUGAAGGCAGGUAGGCCUCUUGAAAGAAAUGAAUGCAGAUCUGAAGCCCAGGGAGGAGGGAGAAGUAGCAAAAGGCACUUCAAAGAAGAUGUAAACCUUUUCCAGCCUGCUACAAAGGGAGAUGUGGCAGAUGGAUUACUAGAGCCUGAUGAAAUGCUUAGCAGUAAGAAGGGUGCUUUUGUGUUAAAUAAAGCAGGGGAGGAGUCUGUCAUCUCCAUCCAGCUGGAUGCACAGUCAGAUAUUAAAUCCAAUGCUGAAGGCAGCUGUAUAAUGCUUAAAAAAGUAUCUGAUCUACUUCAACAGAAGAUAGUGCCAGCUCUUAAAGUGCUAGUGUAUGUAUCUCAUGUAAAUGAUCCGCUGGAUUUUUAUGUUCAACUAGAAAGUGAUGAGGCUCAGCUUAACAGCAUUUCAGAAAUCUUAAACAAUAGGACACAAGCAAAGAAGCUUUGUGGACAACUUUUCCAAGCAGGAGACUUAAUCAGUGCUGUUUAUUCAGAAGACAGCCUGUGGUAUCGAGCUGUAGUGAAAGAGAAGACUUCUGACAAUUUGAUAAGUAUACAGUAUAUUGAUUAUGGUAAUACUUCAGUAAUUAAUGUUGAUCAAGCGCACAGGCUCCCUGAAGACUUGUCAUCUAUUCCAGCAAUAGGCAUUCACUGCUUCCUAGGUGGACUUCGAUGCAAAAAAAAUACAGACUGGGGAGAGAAAGCAGUGCUUUACUUCACCAAGAGAACAAGUGAGGUGGUUCUAACGUGUGAAUUUGUAGAGAAAGUUGAGGAUAAAUGGGAAGUUGUUCUCAGUGAUCAUCAAGGUAUAAUAACAGUGGAUUUAGCUGAGGAAAAUCUUGCAAGUAGGGAAAGCUCAACAGAAGAGAACAGUGGCACGAUAACUGUGGGUGAGCCUUUGCCUCCUCAGGGUCAAAAUGAAAUUUCCUGUGUAAGUGAUCGUAAAUCAUUUAUCUGGAAGUUUCCAGAGGCAGGUCAGACUGCAAAAAUUCAUGUCACAGUGGUAAAUGGUCCAGAAUACUUUUGGAGUCGUCGUGCUGAUACAGAAGCCAUGAACUACAUAGAGGAAAAAAUAGUGGAAGCUGAAAACCUUGGACUAAACUCUUUGAAUGAUUGCAGAUCUUGUAUUAAAAGUGGUGAUAUUUGUCUAGCAAAACACAGUCAAGAUGGAAAGUUCUACAGAGCUAAAGUCAGUAGCAUAAAAGAUGACACCGUGGUUGUUAGACAUGUGGAUUAUGGAAGUGAGGAAGCUGUUAGCAUGGAGAUGGUCAGAGAGAUUCCAUGUGAAUUGCUCAAAGUACCUAAUCAAGCAUUUGCUUGCUGUCUGUCAGGUUUUAGUUCUUCAGAGGGCUCAUGGCUUAGUGAAGCAAAAGAGAAGUUUUAUGAUAUGACUGAAAACCUCUUAUUAGAAGCUGAAGUAAUAGAAACUCAGGAAGAUAAAGCUUCUGAAGCUACUCUCUCUUUUGUCAAGCUGGAAGCUUCUGGCAAGAGUAUUAAUGAAGAGAUGAAGUCUUUUUGGAAGGCUAAUAAAGGAACUGGUGACAACACUUUGUCAAACCUUGAGAACCCCUUAAAGGAAAACAGAUCUUCAAAGGAUGAUUGUCUCAAAAGAGAAACUACUGCUGUUUGUGGAUUAGCUCAAGAAGAAAGUGAAGGUGCUUUACUUUGUUCUGAAGCUUUCCUGGUUCUAACUUCUGAGUGUUUAAAUACUGUAGAAACAAAUGUGUCAGUGGGAGCUGUUGAAUCUAUGUCUGGGAAGGCUGAUGAUGGAUGUGAAACAGCUGAGCAUCAAAGCAACUUUGCUAAAGAGAUACCUCUACCUGAAGGAGAAAGCAAUGACAAUGUAUUACUAGAAACAAUGAGAAGCUGUAGCCUUCAUAUUUGGGGGAGUGAAAUGAAAGCUUCAGAACAAGAAUUAUGUGAACUGCUGUUUGGAGAGGAUGCUGAUCUGAAAGAGGAACUGAUAGGCGGUGCUUCAGCAGCCAGUUUUUUCCUGGGAAAUGAACAAGAAGUGCAAGGGUUGCCAGUUCUCCAGGUACAGUCAUCUUUGAGUGAUGAAACAGGGACAUCAGUGGAACUGGAUCAAUUACAAAAGCACUCUUCAUAUGGUGAUCUAAAAGAGUUGAUGCUGGAGCUAGAGGCACUUUCAGUGCCACUCUCCUUUGGUGAAGAAACAAAGCAAGCUCUGGAAACAGAGUCGCAUGAAGUACAAACAGCUUUGGACAGUGAAGCAAGAGAGAAAGUGUUGGAACAAGAAUUGUUUGAACUGCCAGUUGUGGGUGAGGAGAUGGGGGAGUUGGGGGCUCUGAAAUCUCUUGAAAUCUUACCAUCACUUCAUGAGAGAGAGAACUUGGUGCCUUCAGUUAGCAAUGGACUGAAUACAGGAGAACUGAUUCCAUCCAAUCAUCUUGCUUUGAGAGAGAAAGCAAAAAAUCUGGAAUUUAAUUUGUCUGGAGUUCAUAAAGCAGAAGCGAUACAAGAAGACUGGAUGGAAGUAGAGCCUCCUCCCCUAAGGCUGUCUUCACUUGCUGAUGGACCUGAGAAACAACUGGACCAGAAGACCCAUGACAUGCUGUCAGUGCUAGGUGCUGAAAUGGAGCAAUUUCUGGAACUGAUGGUGCCUGGUGUGCAGCCAUCCUAUGAAGAUGGAGAGGAUGACUCGUUGGGGUUGGAACACACUGCACUGGAAAGUUCUGCAAAUAGUGGAAGUCAAUUUUCCUUUCUUACAAAAGAUGUAAUGAAUCAGAAGUCUGUUUGCACUGUAAAAUCAUGUGACCGCAAACUUGAGAAACAUGAGGAGAGGCAGAAGAAGGAAGAUGAUUGUUAUGUAGAAGAAUGGAUGACACAAGACUUGACUGACUUUUUUGAAGGAUGUGGAAAUACACGCGUGCAGUCUUCAGACUGUAAGCGUAGGGAUGAAGAAGUAGAAAAAAACCUGAAUGAGAACUUGGCUGACUGUGGUGCAGAAUACAAGCAAUAUACUUGCAAUCUGAAGGGUUUUGCUGUCGGUUCCAAAUGUGUGGUGUGGACUUCUCUAAAAUGGUGUGAGGCUCGCAUUUUGGAGAUAUCUGAAAAAGGUACCAGAGUCUUGAAUCUCUCCAGUGGCAAUGAGGAGAUUGUGGGUCCGGAGAAUGUCUGGAACGGUAUUCCUGACUGGGCUGCCAGAUCAUCUGAGGCAAUAACCCCUGCAACAGAAAACUUGUGCUCCUUACCAGAGGAGUCCUUACUUCAAGAAAAGCAAAUGGGCUGCAGUUCGGAUUUAGCUGAAGAUCCUCAUGUCCUCCAACAUUCCUGAAACCAGCUGACAUGUUCUUCACGUGCAGCUGAA